AUGGCGUCUUUGGAAAUGGUUUCGACAAAGAUGUUCGAAUGUGUCCCGAGUGAUCGAAGCAAGAAAGAAAAGGAUCUCAAAGUUUUAGUCAGAGAUCAAUCCGAUAGUUUUCAUGUCGUUCCGGGGGAUGAUUCUGGAAAUAAACAAGAUGGAAAUGAGGUUCUUGAAUGUUCUUCAAGAACCUCUGUUUCUGAUACAGAGGAAGCUCAACAGAAUAUUUCUUCUCCAGAGACCAAUUCAAAUCCAUUUUAUAAUCUAGUUGAAACAGGGAAUUCGUCAAGAAAUGAGAUCAUCGUGGGAGCUUCUUCUCUGGUUCAGAUUUGGGAAGCUAGGUCGCGACCGUCUAGCCCGACUCGAAAUCAUUUCUUUAUUGAUAGCCUAUUUUUUGAGUCUCUCAAUGAGGAGGCAAGAAACAACAGUGAAGAAGUAGAUUGGUGUUUACAGUCAAACAUAUCAGAUUCUUGUGAGAAGGAGAGAGAAUCAAGAUGUUCACCUCCAUUGGUAAGGAUAAGAGGACGGCAAGCAUUUGAAGAUUUCUUGAUGGUGAUUCUACGUGAAAGGAAAAAGUAUCUCAAAUGGAUCGCUGGUCUCACCGCGGUUUCGAAGUUCUCACCUCGUGGAUGCGAGCGUCUUCAGUAUAUGCUUAGGAUCAGAUCUUUUGAAAGGUGCAUCGCUAUCCAAGAAAGACAUCUGUUUAAAUCAGCAAAACGGUCUUCAAGAGGGUCUGGUGUGAUGAAUAAUCUCAGGUACAAGAAAAAUACCGGGCAGCCGAAAAUUGCCAAUGAAGCUGUAUUGAGUGAAGAUACAAGCAACAAGAAUGGGUUAAAGAAACAUGAAAUUGAGAGGAAAUCUACAGAAGAAGGAGAAGGGUCAGGAGAGACUACAGAGAAAGGUAUUGUAAUGGGAAGUGUAGAAACAAACAAUACAUUGAGUAUCACGGAGAAAGUGAACCUGUGGGACUCUAAGGAGAGAAGCAAUAUGAGAAUAACUAUGGGGAAAGCUAAAAAAGAGGGAAAAGCUGCAAGAAGCGGUAUUGAUGUGGAGGUCACAGAGGUAAUCAAUAUAGAGACUGAUGGAUAUAGAGUCAAUCCUCAAGACGUUACAUCAAUGAUUAGUUUGGAGAAAAGGAAGGAAGAAGAAAACGCGAGCAGCGUAUCUAGAGAGAGCCAUACUGAUGAAAUGUUUUCAAAAGACGUUGAAGAAACGUCGAAAGACAAGAAGCAAGAAGCAUCAGAAACAUUGUGUCCAAUCCUUGAAUCACCAAGAUUUCUAAAUGGUUGGGUUGAAAAUGACAUGGAAGGUGAAGAUGAAUAUAAAGAUUACAGUGGAGAUAGUGUGAACUAUGAUUGGGUUAGCCACAUAUCGCGACCACGGAGUUAUUGGGACGAUCUAAGGAAGGAAAGGGAGCUGGAGAUUAUCAAGAGGCAUUCAAAGAAUGAUGAUAUUUUUCAGAAAUUGAUCAAGGAAAAGACGGUUUUUAGCUUCCUGACAAGCGACUUCCGGAAAGAGAUUGAAAAAAUUCUUAUCUCACGGCCACAAAAAGGGUUAGAAGUAAAAGGCAAUCAUGUGGAUGGAGAAGCUAGUGAGGAGUGCUCGGCAGAAUACCAAGAGAAACUAAAAGAAAAGGAAACAGAGAGUGUGGAUCUUGAAAGUGUAAUUGUAUGUGAUGGUUUCAGCCAAGACUCAGCUAAAAGUACGAUGAAAACGUGGAUCUUCGAAGAUCAUGAACCCUACCUUAAGGAUCAUGAGAAUACCUCCUCUGAGACACAGAUGAUAUGUGGUCUCAUGGAAGAAGUUAAAAAGAUGCAAAGAGAAAUGGUAGAACUAAAAGGCUUUGUCAAAUCUUGCGUCUAUUUCCAGAAAUUCAAAUCAGCUUCAGUUUCAGAUUCUUUGCAAGGAAACUGUUCUGUCUGCUUCGAGAAGCCUAUAGACUCGCUUCUAUAUAGGUGUGGACAUAUGUGCACGUGUCUGAAAUGUGGCCAUGAGCUUCUUUGGAGUACCAAGAAAUGUCCGAUAUGUAUGGCUCCAAUUAUAGAUGUUGUCAGAGCAUUUCUUGAUUCUUAG